GGAAAAUGGGCGGCGGACAGCGGAAGGGGUCGCUUGUGUGCCUGUGUGUAUGUGCGCCUGUCGCCAUUUGGAUGUAGCGCUCUCUCUAAUGUCCAUCUCGACCUAUCUGGGUUAAAAUAAAAAGAACACGCGUUCGACGGCAUCGUUAGUGUUUUUGAGGCGGAAUAAAUCUUGUUAAAUUGUCGUAAUUGUUAAGAAAAAAGACAAAACAGGAGCUAGCAUAGCAUUCCGAGUUCCCGACAGAUUAGCAGUUUUGAGUAGAUUAAGAUUCGGGGUUUAAUAAUUAAUAUAUAUAAAUAUCGUGUUUAUUGACUAGUUAAAUGAACGCUACACCAGGCACGAGCACCUUUUCCUUCUUCCGGAUCUUCUUCCUACAAUCACUGAGGAACUGGAUGCAUUAGGGAUAAAACCUGGACACUGAUAUCGCGGUGAAGCUGGCGACACCACACACCUCCGGCUGAACAAGUUAUUUGUCUCCCACCCUCGCGGUGCGAGCGAUCCCGACCUCGUUUUCAAGCCGAGCUCGUGCGCAGCAGAGAUGUCUGAAGGAGAAUCGAAACAAGCUCCAGUUCAGACCUCUACCAUGGAGGCGACGUCGGAGCAAGGCAUCUCGUCAGUGUCUCCGCCGGUGUCCACGGUAACGCAGGCACCUCCAGCACCUACGACGGCCACCGAGGACGAAGAAGAGGAGAGCGAGGAUGAGUCGGAGAUCCUGGAAGAGAGCCCGUGUGGGCGCUGGCAGAAACGCAGAGAGGAGGUCAACCAGAGAAACGUUCCAGGCAUCGACAAUGCCUACCUGGCCAUGGACACCGAGGAGGGUGUGGAGGUGGUGUGGAAUGAGGUCAUGUUCUCCGAAAGGAAGAACUUCAAAAUGCAGGAGGAAAAAGUGAAAGCAGUGUUUGAUAACCUGAUUCAGCUGGAGCAUUUGAAUAUCGUGAAGUUCCACAAGUACUGGGCUGACGUGAAGGAGAACAGAGCCAGAGUUAUUUUUAUAACGGAGUACAUGUUCGGGAGUCUGAAGCAGUUUCUGAAAAAGACGAAGAAAAAUCACAAGACUAUGAAUGAAAAGGCAUGGAAACGGUGGUGUACCCAGAUAUUAUCUGCUUUAAGUUAUCUGCAUUCAUGUGAACCCGCUAUUAUCCAUGGGAACCUGACGUGCGAUACCAUAUUCAUACAGCACAACGGCCUCAUCAAGAUCGGAUCAGUUGCUCCAGACACCAUCAACAAUCACGUUAAAACCUGCCGAGAGGAACAGAAGUGUCUGCAUUUCUUCGCACCAGAAUAUGGCUCCGUCGCGAACGUCACCACAGCCGUGGACAUUUAUUCCUUUGGAAUGUGUGCCUUAGAGAUGGCCGUGCUGGAGAUUAGCAACGGAGAGACGUCAUAUGUGUCACCAGAAGCCAUCAACAAUGCUAUUCAGUCUUUGGAGGACCCCUUACAGAGAGAGUUUAUUCAGAAGUGUCUGGAGCUGGACCCCAGUAAGAGGCCCACCGCUCGAGAGCUGCUUUUCCACCAGGCUCUGUUCGAGGUGCCGCAGCUGAAGCUCCUGGCGGCGCACUGCAUCGUCAGCCACCAGCACAUGAUCCCUGAAAACGCUUUAGAGGAAAUGACAAAGAACAUGGACCCCAAUCGGGUGAUCAUGGAGAUGAAAGAAGUGCAGCUGAAAUUGUCCCAGUUUCCAGCACUGGAGCUUGACAAGUUCCUAGAAGAUGUGAGGAACGGGAUCUAUCCGUUGACCGCGUUCGGAAUGCCAUGUCCGCAACAGCCCCAGCAAGAGACGGUGAAGUCCCCCAUCGUCCCGCCCUCUGUGAAAACCCCUACACCAGAACCUGCAGAACUCGAAACUAGGAAGGUGCUGCAGAUGCAAUGCAACAUUGAGCCUGUGGAGGAAGGAGCAAAACAUCACUUGACCCUUCUGCUAAAGCUGGAAGAUAAGCUGAAUAGACAUUUGAGUUGUGAUUUGGCACCAAAUGAGAACGUACAGGAGCUGGCGGUGGAGCUGGUCCAGCUCGGCUUCAUCAGCGAGGGCGAUCAGCCGCGUCUCACCACCGUGCUCGAGGAGGCCUUCUCGAAGUUCUACAGCCGUAACGGCACUCUGAAUCCCGUUACCGUUUCCUCGUAGCAGAGAGGUGAAGACGGGUGUCUCUGUUUCUCCGCCGCUCCUCAUCCUCACCCACGGGACGGGACUCUAGCACGCAUUCGCUCGAAGGACUGGGCGGAAGUGGCUUUUUUUUUUUUUUUUUUUUCGCAGGGAACGAAUCAGGAGACCCGGCGCUUGCACGGCUAUCCCUGCAUUUCUGUCGUUCUUCACGCUGCUGUAGGUGGCGCCCGAAAACUGUCGCCUGACGUUCGUGUAGAUUUAUUUCUCUCUCUGUAGCCACCUGCUUCUCUGAGAAACAACGGUUAUUGUUGAAGUCAGUAUUACAAGCUGUGUUCCUUUUUUUUUUUUUUUUUUUUUUAUCAUCACGAUUACUUAACAGUAUCCCUCUCUGGAAUUGGGUUGAAUAUGUAUAAUUAUUUUGGGUGGUUUAUCAUCAGAGCCCUCGUUUUAGAAGCAGGAUAUACGUGAGCCGAUCUUCAAAACGAGAACGAACCCGCCGGGUACCCAGCGGGUAUCGUUCGACUUUUUGACGCUUUUUCUUUAAUCGAUUUUAGGUCAUACAAUGAAACUGAAGAAAAAAAUGAUUCGUAACCCUGUGGAAGAUGCAUCCCGAAGGUACGAUUAGGUUUUCUGUUACAAACGCGCUGAAAUGCGCUUAAUAUCCCGGUUUAAACGAUUUCAUAAUCAGAGCGUCUUUGCUAUAAUUCUAUAUAUUAUAUAAUUAAUUCACCUAAGACAAUACUGUGAAUGAGAGGGGAUUAUUAUUAUUUUUUUUUUUCUUCGACAAUGGCUGGUAGGUUAUUUAUCAUUUACAUUCUACACAAGGAAUUAAGACGUGUUCCACUUUCUCAGCGUUUUAACGACUCUGUGAAUGUAUGAAUUUCUUUCGUUUGCUGUAUAUUUUGACCGACGAGGUUUUUGUUUGUUUUUUAAAUGUAUGUGUGUAAUGAUAGGGGGCACCCUCAUCGCCCCCUCCCCUCAUCGCCCCCUCCCCUCAUCAUUUUCUCAUGUUGUUAUGAAACGUGCCUUCUACAGACGAAAGUCUAUUCCGGUUUGAAAAGGCAAGCUCAAUACUUUUUCCCGCCGCUCGCUGUCUGGUCAAAUAUAUAUAUACGUUCCUGGUUCAUGCUUUCUACAUGGGUUGUAGAUCAGUCAAGCUAAAACGCCCGGCUGCAGAACGUGGGUUUUACAGACGUGUGUGCGCUACAGGAAAGUGGAAGGUUCUGAAAGUGUAUAGAUGUAUAGCGUUUGCGGUUGCUGAUGUUUUUGGAGGUAAAGCUGGAGAGGUCCUGUUUAUUACUGGUUUGCACACUUAUAAACCCCUCCCCACACACACACACACACACGCAUACUGGAUAUUAAGACACUUGGGUUGUGAUUGUGUUGGGCUUCAGAACAUCUGAGCGUCAACGAGGUUGUAUUACACGUAUACGAGGAACUUCGAUCGGUUGGUCAGUCAAUCAUUCGAUCAAGUUCGAGAUCAUGGCAUUAAUCACAAAAUAUGGAGAUUUGAUUAAACACGUUUCUCUUUCUCAAUUUCAUCCUUUAUCCUUCUAAACACCUAUGGGAUGUUCUUUGUUCAGAAGCACAUCACACUCUCGUGUCUGGAAAUCUAAAAAAAAAAUUGUAAUAGUUCAUUUUUUUGUGAGAUAAAAUGAUCUGAGUUAUUGUUCUACCUGAAUCAUUUUAUUUCCUGAACGAAAAAAAACAAACAAACAAGGGGGUCUGACUGCUUUUACAACCCACUUCUGUUCCUGUAUCUUUUACAAAGCGCAAAAUACAAAACGACACCGUUGCACCAUUUCUUGAUGAUAAAGAUGACACUUCUUCAA